AUGAACAAAGCAUUGAUCGCCAAAGUGGGAUGGAGACUAAUGCAUGAUGAUACGAGUUUAUGGGCGAGAGUGAUGAGGAGCAAGCAAGUUAACAUCUUGACAGAUAAGUGGUUAGGGGAUAGCUCCUUGAUUGAAGUGGUAAUCGCGGAUGUGCCGAAAUUUGUAGGCAUGAAGGUGUGUGACCUGUGGAUAGAUGGAGUUAGGUGGGACUUAAGGAAGAUCGCGCCGUUCGUAUCGGAGGACACUAAACUUGAGCUAGCAGCGGUGGUAGUUGACAAGGUAACAUGGGUGAGAGAUCGCUUAUCUUGGAGAGACACACCUGAUGGUCGAUUCACGGUCUCAUCAGCUUACCUAGAGUGUACAAACCGGAUAUUGGACAUUUCUUUAAUCGAGUAUGGAGAGUCAGAGCGCCUGAAAGAGUCAGGGUUUUCUUUUGGCUGGCUGGGAACAAAGGGAUUAUGA